AUUGAAUGUGCUUGCCCACGAAAGAAGUUGAAUUGAAUGGGUUCAGUGCUUCCCCACCUUUUAUCAGAGAAAAAAAGUGCUUGUCCACCUAGCUUACAAUGGAAAGUAGAAUUCGCUUUGAAUAUUCAGUUCUACAAACGCCUUUGGGCAAUUCACUUUUGAAGUAAUCAAUUUAAGAUGUGAUUUACUUUAUUGAUGGGGUUCACGUGGGACGCAGAAAAUCAGGGCAAGCAUGGGGGGGGAUCGACUCGUGAACCAUGAUCAGUAGCAGGGGAUCCUUCAAUUGAAAUUUCAAGUUGGUAAAGUCAGCAACUGCGUCAUCUGCAGCCAUUAAAGUCGAUUUGAACUUUUAAGUUGGUGUGGCAGCAUCAUCAGUGUUUAUAAAAAUAAAAAAGCAAAGUUCGCAAUCAGACAAGGCGGCAUGGUCAUAGACUCAUAGAUGAUAAGUUUUUGAUCUUUUGAAUUGGAAAAGAAAGGAUCAUCCAUGGCUCCUACAGGAAAAGCUUUGGGAUUCUAUAAUGAAGACAAUGACUGGUUUUGUAAUGCAGGUUUGCCAAGUGAUCUCACCAUUGUCAUAGAUGGAGUAAACUUCCAUCUUCACAAGUUUCCCUUACUAUCAAGAUGUGGGAAAAUAGAAAAGUUGAUGAAAGAAACUGAAAAUAACAAUAAAGGUACUUCCACCAUCACCCUGGAGGACAUUCCUGGUGGUGCCACCUCAUUUCUGUCUGCAUCUAACUUCUGUUAUGGUGUUCAUAUUGAACUUACACCUACAAAUAUAGUUAUGGUGUAUCACGUGUCAGAUUAUCUUGAAAUGACUGAUGAAUAUGGAGAUGAUAACUUAUUCUCAAAAACAGAGACUUACUUCCAUAAAAAUAUACUAACAAACUGGAAGGAUUGCAUGGUUGCUCUUCAAAGUUGUGAAACCAUUGUAACACAAAGUGACAAUCUCCAAAUCAUCAGUAAAUGCUUGAAUGCCAUGUCAGCAAUGGUGUGCACAGACCCGAGUUUGUUUGGAUGGCCAAUGAUGAUGAUGUAUGGUUGCUUACAAAGCCCUGGAGGUAGCAUUCUCUGGAAUGGAAUCGACACCGGUGCAAGAAUCCAAACAUCGGAAUCGGAAUGGUGGUUUGAAGAUGUUUCACAUCUUAGUAUUGUUUUGUUCAAAAGGCUUAUCAAGACACUGGAAUCUAAAGGCAUCCAACCCGAAAAGUUAACAGGUGCUAUUAUGUACUAUUCUGGGAAAUGUCUCCAUGGUUUAGGCAGAUGGCAAAGUGGGCAGUUUAGUAAAACUAAAUUUAGCGCAAAAUAUGACAUAGUUGAUCAAAGGGUAGUAUUGGAAAUCAUUGUGGAUAUUCUCCCACAUAUAAAGGGCGAGUCUUUUUGUCGUUUCUUAUUGGGACUUUUACGUGUUGGUUUAAUGUUGGGUGUUAGUGAUAAAUGUCAAGAAUCACUUGAAAGGAGGAUAGGAAUGCAACUAGAAUUUGCUACAUUAGAUGGAAUCAUGAUUCCUAGUUAUAUUGAUUCUGAUACAUUAUAUAAUACGGACACUGUUGAAAGGAUGAUUAACUAUUUUAUAACUUGUGAAGAAAUGGGUUUUACAACAUUAACAAAUGUUUCUAAGCUUGUGGAUAGUUAUAUAGCAGAGAUUGCAUCUGAUGUGAACUUGAAACCUGACAAGAUACGUUCACUUGCAAAGUCUCUUCCGGAAUCUUCAAGAUCUUUGCAUGAUGGACUAUACAGAGCUUUGGAUAUUUAUUUUGAGGCUCAUUCGUGGUUGAAUGAGAAAGAAAAAGAAGGUCUAUGCAAAAUCAUUGAGUGGGAGAAACUAUCCAUUGAUGCUUGUGCUCAUGCUUCUCAAAAUGAUGCCUUCAUGUGUUUAAUGACGAAAAUAACCCUACAUAUCAUCCAUUGGGCCUUGUGCAUGAGAAUGAGCUACUAAGAGUUGGCAUGGAGAAGAUGAGGAGAAGAGUGAGUGAACUUGAAGAAGAGUUCAAUAAACUGAGGCAAGAGAUGACAAGGAUGAGUGGGGCCCAUUUGUGUAAGUAAUGUUUUGGUUAGUAUGGGUAAUUGGGUACCAAGAAAACCCACCCGAGAAGCAUUAAUUAUGGAUCUUGGAUGUGUUUUCUUGAUUCCUUUUAUCUUUCUUUUUUCAUCAAUGGUUGUAGCUUUAAUGCAUUACGAUGCUACUUGGAUUUUUGUAGCAAAUGAGCACUAUGCUUUACAAAUGGCCAAUUUGUAUAAAUUAUUACAAUGUAAAUCCAAAGAUUAAAAAAACAAAACAUUGAAUCAAGACUCAAAAUUGUAGCUUUUUGAGAUGAAC